ACCACUCGCCGGCUCUGUUUCUCUGUUCGGUAGGUCAUUCCUUUACCGAACAAAAGGGUUUUAGGGUCUUACUCAAAAUCCCACUUGGUUCAUCUGGGUUUGCUCUCUGCUCUCAGAGAUGGGGAAGGCAAAGAAAGGCCCCAAGUUCGCAGUCAUGAAGAAAGUGGUCACCAAGAAAGCAAUCAAAAACUAUAAAGAGGAAGUCUUGAAUCCGAAGAAGAAGGAUCUCAGCAAAGAAAAGCUGCCCAGAAACGUGCCAAAUGUUUCUUCGGCUCUGUUCUUUAAGUACAACACUGCUUUGGGGCCGCCUUACCGGGUUUUGGUUGAUACCAACUUCAUCAAUUUCUCUAUCCAGAAUAAGUUGGAUUUGGAGAAGGGAAUGAUGGACUGCCUAUAUGCAAAAUGCACUCCUUGCAUCACAGAUUGUGUGAUGGCAGAGCUUGAGAAGUUGGGUCAGAAAUAUCGUGUGGCUCUGAGGAUUGCAAAAGAUCCCCGUUUUGAGAGACUGUUAUGUACUCAUAAGGGAACUUAUGCUGAUGACUGUCUUGUUGAAAGAGUUACCCAGCAUAAAUGCUACAUUGUGGCAACAUGUGAUCGAGACUUGAAACGAAGGAUCCGAAAGAUCCCUGGUGUGCCAAUCAUGUACAUCACCCAACACAGGUAUUCAAUUGAGCGGUUGCCUGAAGCAACGAUUGGUGGAGCUCCAAGAUAUUGAUGGAUGAGAAUGUGAUCUUAUUCUAGCAGACUGGUUCCGCCCUGUAACUCACAUUGUAUUCUCAGACCAGCGACACGAUGGUUUAGUGGAGAUGGAUACGUAACAACUCGGGAUAAAAUGUCUUUUGAGAGUAAACAGGCCCUUUUUGGAUUUUCCUAUAUAGGAUUUUAUUGAUGUAUGCUAUUUGUCAGAGAAGAAAUGAAGUUAUACACCAGUAAUAUGGAAAAUUCUAUUUAAUGUUCAACUCUGCUAACU